GCUUUUGUAGCCUGUUAGCUAAUUGCGACUCGGCUAACGUUAGCCUGAGCUAACAGCGCGACCACCGUCAUCUUAUUGGUCAGAUAUUUCGGCUGACCGAAGCAGGUCGUGGUGACAUGCAGCGAACUGUUAUUAUCUGUAAGCUAGAGGGUCUGUGUAACUUCUCUAAGUUCGUUUUAUAGCUAAGAGGUUAGUAAACGACUAACGUGUCACAGGCUGACGCGUUUAGGUUGCUGUACACUGAAAAAGCUUUAAAGGGCAAGUCCACCGAUUUAUUUUGAAUUCCAGAGCCCAGGUUGGGCGACAGAGUGAACCCAUUCAUCCAGGCUGCCUUCUUGUUGUUCUCUUGGGACUUGGGUGUCCCUCUCCACAGUUCAGAGAUGGCAAGUCAUUUCCGCAGCUACAUCUGGGAUCCAGUCCUCAUCAUUUCCCAAAUUAUCCUCAUGCAGUGCAUCUACUACAGCUUCCUGGGGCUGUGGAUGGCGGGUGUGGAUGGUCUUGUACAGACAAACAGAUCACUUGAUCAGAUCUUUAGUUAUGAAGUUCUUGGUUUUUCAACCACACAAGGACGGCUGUCUAUGAUGGCUUUCAUUCUGAACUCUCUUACGUGUGCUUUGGGUUUGUGGUUCUUCAUCCGUCGUGGGAAGCAGUGCUUGGACUUCACAGUUACGGUUCAUUUCUUCCAUAUGAUCGGCUGCUGGAUCUAUAAUUCUCAUCUCCCUGUUGCCCUGUCAUGGUGGCUGGUUAACAUGGCCUGCAUUGCUCUGAUGGCGGUCAUUGGCGAGUACCUGUGCAUGCGGACAGAGCUCAGGGCCAUUCCUGUGAACAGUGGACCCAAGUCUAACCUCUGAGAGCCAUUUUAUAAACAGACAGUGGGCUCAGGCCAGCGUUGGGCCUUGGAGAAGCUGGUGGAUGUGAUGGCAUCACUUGACAUCAUCCUGUUGCAAUGUUAGUAUUUGGUUCACUCGUGAGAGAGGAGAAGGACUGUGGACAGAAAAUGCACAUUUCCUCUGAUAUUUAGAAUUUUAUCACUGUAUUUUUUUUCUUCAUUAUGAAACAAUUUGGACAUUUUAGAUCCUUAUUAAGAUAGAAUUAUGAGGUUUGAAGGCUCAGAAUGAGGUUGAUGCAGACUUGAACCCUGCAGGCCAUGCUAUGGCAGCACUUUUUGAUUGAUAUCAAAGGACUCUUUUAAACUUUUGAGGUUUUGUGUGAAUAGAACAGACAGAGCUCAGAUGUAAAUAAGAAAAAAAAGUCAUGUGUAUUGUUCUACUGAUUGAUUAGAUCAUAAUUAAAAUAAAACAUCUGCAUAUUCUGCUGUCUUGUUCAGACGGCAUGCUAUUUUUAACAAUUACUAAAGUACCUAUGGAACCUGAAAGACAAAGGGAAGGACUGCCUGCAAUCUUCUUUAGUGUCCACAUGGGGGAAAAAAGGUAUCCAUGGGUUUUUCUAAUAAGUUCUUCUUUCUCAGAAUGUGUCAACAGAAAUGCUAUAAUAUGGUCCGUUCAUAAUAUCAUUAACCAAUAAACAAGUGUAAACGGUAACCAUGCAAAGAGGUAUGCUGAUGUUUCGGAAGAAAACCUUGUAUUUUCAUUUUUGUCAUUUUUCAGUUUUUGACAUAAUUUGAAAAUUAUGUUGUCCUUUACAUUGUAUGUAAAUUUUAUGAUGAAUGGACUGAAAGAAAUGUACAGUUACCAUUUUGGAGAUAUAAGGAUUUCAGCAAUGUGUAAAAAAUCUAUACCUAUGAAACACUGGAGUAAACCUAGUACAGUACAGUGGUUUCAUAAUUGCUGCUGCAGCAGAUUCAGUCUUAUGUGAAUUCUACCGUUAUGCAUGGUUAAUACUCCAGCUUUCCAUGUGUGCAGAGGUCAAGUCAGUGAGGAAUGUUUAAAAAAACAUAAAUGUAUUUUCAUUCUUAUCUGUACUUUCAUGAAGCAUCAUUAUAACGUCUCUUGCAUUAAGCUACCAUUUGUUUUGGUAUGACUUCCUAAAGUCUAAAUAAUUGGACAGCAAAUUAGAGGUGGGCGAUUUGGCAAAAAUAUAAUAUUGCAAUAUGUCAGGACAUUUUCAUGAUGCACACAGUCACCAUAUUUAUUUUUUCAUUCAUCUGAUCAGUGGAACAGUGAAAAAAGAACAAGUUGUGCCACAUUUAUACAGAAAAUACUAUUAAAAACUGACCACAAUCAUUUUUGUUGGAAAUUGGGCAUACUGUGUUGCACUAAAGUAUUGAUGCUUUAUGCGACAUGUUCAGAAAAGCAUACUGUAUUGCAUUGACAAUAUAUUAUGAUAAUGAUCUAUAUUGUCAUAUUGCCCAUCCCUACUACAAAUGAUUGAUUUGUGAUGAUCAUUGAUCAGCUGCUAAGACCUUACUGAAGGGCAUAAGGCUCCACAACACCUAUUUAAGCUGUUCAUGGGAAUUGACAUAAACCUGUAUAGAUAUUUAGGCCUACAAAGGCUUAUUUCCACCAGCAGUAGUUUUCAUAACCCUGGCUCAAGUGAUAUAACUUCAAAAACAUGACUUGCUGGAAUAAGCCAUCAUUAAAGUUUAUGCAGGAUUAGUUCGUUUGUCAGUGUUAUAGUGUUCGUCAUGAAAGGCUCUUGCAGGUGUCCUGUAUCCUUACGAAUGCUGGCCUUCAGUAAAGUGUUACCAAGGCUGUCAUGUCUUGUCGUUCGCCUCUAGCUGCUACAUAGAAACUGCUGUGGGGAAAUCUUUGGCGCUAGAUUUGCUGAUUCAAUCUAGUUGCAUGCAGUUGUAAGAGUUUGAGUUGUUUGUGUGUAAAUAAAUUCAUGUUAAAUGCAGCGUAACAACGGCAAAUGAGUUUGUCCUUAUGUCCAGAUGUGUUUUUAAAGUGAUGGACUAGUGACGGGCGAUAUGACAAUGUUCAUCAUUGUUAUGAUAAAUUACAUCACAGUACGCUUUCCUGGGCAUGUUUUGGAAAUUGUCAGUACUUGAAGAAUGUUCACCAACUGCAUGUUUCAUUACAGAAAGAGCAUAAUUAGUCCUGUUUAAUUGGACUUGUGCAGUUUGGAAAACGUUGAAUAAAACUCACUCGAUUUGUA